AAGCCCUAAGGUAGAAAACGAAUUCCCCAAACCCUAAAAACCAAAGUCUUCUUAAACCCUCCAUUGUUGCAGCUCGUUUCCAACUCCAACUAUGGCAGAAUCAGCCUCCAAGACCUUUCCCACCAAACCGAAACUCAAACCUAAAUCAAGAACUCCGUCGAAAACUCCAGAGUCCAAGUACUGGUCCUCCUUCAAGACUCACCAAAUCGGAGACCUCAUCUCCUCCGUUCCUUCCAUAUCCUUCUCCCCGUCCUCACCUCACCUCUUCGCGGCUGCCCACUCCGCCUCUUUGUCCGUCUACUCAUCUCUCUCCCUGCCCUCCCCAACCUCCUCAAUCUCCUCUUUCUCCGACGUCGUUUCGUCCCUCUCCUUCCGCUGUGACGGCGCCCUCCUUGCCGCCUCCGACCUUUCAGGCCGCAUUAAGGUUUUCGAUGUCAAAUCCCGUAACCCGCUCCGUCACCUUCGUUCCCAUGCCCGUCCUGUCCACUUCGUGAAGUACCCGCAUUUAGAUAAGCUCCACUUGGUCUCGGGCGGCGAUGAUGCAAUCGUCAAAUAUUGGGAUGUUGCUGAGGAGAAGGUGCUUUUGGACUUGCAGGGGCACAAGGAUUAUGUUAGGUGUGGCGAUUGUAACCCAGUCAAUGGGGACAUGUUCAUCACGGGGUCUUAUGAUCACACUGUGAAGGUUUGGGAUGUGCGGGUUGAGAAUUCAAAGUCUGUAAUGGAGGUGAAUCAUGGAAAGCCUGUAGAGGAUGUGAUUUUCUUGCCCUCUGGAGGAUUGAUUGCUACGGCUGGUGGUAAUACUGUGAAGAUUUGGGAUCUGAUUGGAGGAGGGAAGAUGGUCUAUUCAAUGGAGAGCCAUAACAAGACUGUUACCUCCAUCUGUGUGGGCAAAGUUGGUAAGGAUAGUGGAGAAGAGUCACAGCAAUACAGGAUUUUGAGUGUCGCUUUGGAUGGCUACAUGAAAGUAUUUGACUAUGCCAACAUGAAAGUUACCCAUUCUAUGAGAUUUCCAGCUCCUCUUAUGUCUGUUGCAUUCUCACCUGAUUCUAUGACACGAGUGAUUGGGACCUCUAAUGGAAUUAUAUAUGCUGGGAAGAGGAAAGUGAAGGAAGAUGGGGAGACUGUGAAGGAUGAUUUUUGGCGUCUUGGGAGCUCAGAGGAGCCGGAGAGGCGUGUUUUGAGGCCUACAUAUUUUCGAUAUUUCCACCGUGGCCAGAGUGAGAAACCAUCUGAGGGGGAUUACUUGGUGAUGAGGCCAAAGAAGGUGAAACUUGCAGAGCAUGAUAAGUUGUUGAAGAAGUUUAGGCAUAAAGAAGCACUGGUUUCAGUGUUGGCUGCAAAGAAUCCAGAGAAUGUGGUGGCUCUAAUGGAGGAAUUGGUGGCAAGGAGGAAGUUGCUGAAAUGUGUUUCCAAUUUGGAUGGGGAAGAGCUUGGGUUGCUAUUGUUGUUCUUGCACAAGUACUCAACAGUCCCAAGAUAUGCCAGUUUGUUGAUGGGUUUGACAAAGAAGGUCCUUGAGAUGAGGGCUGAAGAUAUUAGAGCCUCUGAUACCUUGAAGGAUCACAUUAGAAAGCUUAAGCGAUCAGUUGAAGAGGAGCUAAGGAUACAACAGUCUUUGCAGGAAAUAGAGGGUAUAAUUUCUCCUUUAUUAAGGAUUGCUGGAAAAAGAUGAACAUUUCAACAUCAUCAUAUAGGUGAAGUGUUCUUAUGAUUUAUUAAAUUACUUGGUUUUCCCUUUAGAUGAGAGAAUUUCACAAUUUUGUGCUAUCCAAAAUGUAACAUUUAGGUUCUUUUCAAGGCCUUAAAUCAGUUUGCUUUAUUCUGAAUUUUCAUUGAAAUUAAUUUUGCCUCAAGGUCUAUACAUGACUUUAUUCCA